CACUCGACUUCUCGGAUCGUUCGCGCUCCACUCUCCCACACGCGGCGACCAAUUAAUCCCGCACCUACCAACGCUGGCGAGCCAGAGAGCCUCGAGAUCGUGCACUUGAUGAGAGCGCGAGAGAUGCCGACGCCGAUGCCGCUGCCGGUCCCUCGCAGCGGCGCGGCGACCCCCAACUACCCGCAGAGCCCGCUCCGCAUCACGCACGACGGCGAGUUCUACGCGCGCCUGCUCACCAAGGAGAGCUCCCUCGCCAACCCCUCCUUCCGCUACUACGGCGCCGGCCCCGCCGCCGUGCCCUUCGGCUGGGAGUCCCAGCCCGGCACGCCCAAGGACUGCGCCUCCUGCAGGAUCACGCUCUCCUCCUCCGCCGACGUCCCGGCCAUCACCCCGCCGCCGUCCUACCACCUUCGUGCCGACGCGGCGCCGUACGGCCACGGGAGGAAGGGCCGCAGGGGUCCCGCUGGAGACAAGAGCUGCGCCGUCCCCGGCGGGAGGAGCAAGUACUGCUGCGGCUACAGGAAGCUCAGGUGGAUCAAGAUCGGCUUCAUCGCGGCCCUGUUCCGCCGGAUCGCGCUCGGCCGGUCCCGCGUGUCGUCGGCGGCCGAGACCUCGUCCGCGGCGUCGGUGCAGUCCUCCUCCACCCGCUGGCUCUUCUCCGGCGGCUCGAGCAGCAGCUGCCUGGAGGAAACCGGCGCCCAGCACUACCACCACUACUACGACCCGGCGCUGGCGACGAAGGGAAUGCUCGACCUCGGACUCGGAGGGGUCCGGCCGAGCCCGUGGGCGGUGCAGUUCUGCGGCGGCGGCGCCAGGAGGGAGGCCGCCGGCUGGCAGUAGGCGCCGGCCAAGCGCACGCCGUUCCAGUCCAUGUGGAGAGUUGAUCGAUCGCUCGGUUCGUACUUCGUAGCUACACAUGCUGUUCGAUCGAUCCAGUGUCUGUCUGUUACUGUGUCUUGUGUCUGAUAGUAAUGUGCAGCAUAAGUGCAUGUUCCUUCUCUUUGGUCGUUUAGCGUUGGCGUGGUGUGGCUGCUGCUUGCCGGCCGGGCACACGACAAGAGCACGUCGGCGUUUUACCUUUGGAAACGGUUUGGGUGCAGUUGUCUCGUGGUGUGUGGACUAUGGAGAAGAUGCAUAUUGUCGAUCGGCGACUAUAGAUCAGCCAGACAGUUCACGUGUUUGGAAUUUACUACUCUAUUCAUA